AAAGCUACUCACGAACAUCCGUCGUCCAUCCUACUAAUCGGGCUCCUUUGUUUACAUUCCCAUCACCUCCAUCGAAGGAAGCCCUACACUGCAACGUAUGCUUCUAAAGCGCCUCUUACACCCGAAGCACCCUGUAGCUUCGACGCCUCAUCCGAACGAACGGACGUUAGCCUGCCUUAGUUACCGCCAAACCGCUUCCUCCUCCCGAGCUUCGAAGCUCGAAUCGCCUCCCGAGUGCCGACGUACAUUUUCCCUUUUCUUCGACUUCGAGAUGACCUGCGGAAACUAGAAUAAGCAUGUCGUCCAAGAAGAUCGCCGAAUUCCCAGCCGUGGAGGCGAAGCUCCAGAAGCCCACCAAACAGUCCGCCUUCCAGCGACAGCGCGCCGAAGCCGAAGCCAAGAGAGCCCGAGAAGAAGCUGAGACGGCUGCGGCUCUUAGGGAAUUUGAGAAGAGUUUUGAUCACGAAGAUGAUCAGGGAAGCAGCGGCUCGCGACAUGGCGGAGGUCAAGGCUUCGGGCCCAAGGGCCCCGCGUUAGGCGGCGGCAUGGCAGCCCCUAGGAGACAUUUCGGAGCCGCCAGCCUGAAAAGCGGCCCCGGCAGUCUUGGUCCUCCCCCAGGUCCGAAGAGCGGUCCCGGAAGCCUCGGACCUCCUCCUAGUUCUUACGGCAAGAAGAGAGGGUUCGAUUCGUACAAGCAGGAGAGGGACAGGGAUAAUAGCAGCAGCCGGCCAGGCUUCGACGAGCGGGGGGAGUCCAAGUCGGUACUCAAGGUAUUCAAUAACAGCGAUGAUGAACAGGAUGCGUCGACCGACGCGAGAGAUGAGGAGAUGGCUGUCGCAAAGCCGACAUUGAGGCUGUCUCAGAUUCCCCCAGGCACCUCUCCCGCUGCCAUUAAGGCUCUGAUACCGUCCAACCUGACGGUCGAGAACGUCAAAAUUGUGCCGCCUUCAGGUCCAUCUACGGACAGGAAAUGUACGGUGGCUAUUGUGACACUGUCUCAGGAGACACCUGCUAGCGACAUCGAUGCCGCCGUCAGUGCGCUGCAGAAUCGCUACCUGGGCUACGGCUUCUAUCUGUCGCUUCACCGGCACCUUUCCUCGGCCGUGGCCUCAUCGAUAUCGACGUCAAGUUUGGGCGUCACACCGGCCGGGUCGCGGCCAUUCGGCGCCAAGCCCGUGGCCCAGAGAUCGACCCCAGGCAAUGCGCACACGCAACACGCUUUCCAUCGCGGCUUUGCGCCCCCCACCGCCUACGGGCCCAGCGCUGGUGGGCCUCUGAACCGCAACAGCAUUCUGCACGUUCCGGUGAAGCCGCCCAAUGACAUCAAGAUGCUCCGGCUGAUCAACAAAACCUUGGAGUCGGUGCUGGAACACGGUCCUGAGUUCGAGGCUCUGCUCAUGUCACGUCCCGAGGUUCAACGGGAGGAGAAGUGGGCGUGGAUCUGGGACGCCCGCAGCGAAGGAGGCAUCUGGUACCGGUGGAGGAUGUGGGAGAUCGUCACGGGCGCCUCGUUACAGCGCAACAAGGGGAAAUAUCUGCCUGUCUUCGACGGGAGCCAUGCCUGGAAAGCGCCGGAGAAAGGGGUCCCGUUCGAAUACACCACGAGCGUGGACGAGUUUGUAUCCGACUCGGAAUACAACUCGUCGGACGACGAGGAUCUGGACGGAGACGGCAACCGCGAACAAAAUGGGGACACGGAGGCCGAGAAUACGUUUCUCAAUCCUUUGGACAAGGCCAAGCUUACCCACUUAUUGUCACGCCUCCCCACGACGCUCUCGAGAAUCAGGAAAGGCGAUAUCGCCCGAGUGACGGCCUUCGCACUCACGCACGCCAGCCGAGGUGCGGAUGAAGUCGUCGACAUGAUUGUCUCCAACAUCGAGAAACCCCUCGCACUGACGAGUCUGAACCCCGAGCAUUCAUCAUCACGAAAUGACAGAGAGAAGAGCAGACACCGAGACGAGUCGGAGGCUAUGGAUGCUGGACCCGACGACAAGGCAGAAAAGGAGACUGCCCAAGAUACGAGCGGGGCGAGUCUCGUGAGUCUCUACGUCGUGAACGACAUCCUCGCAUCAUCCUCGACAAGCGGUGUGCGACAUGCGUGGCGUUUCAGACAGAUAUUCGAGGGGGCAUUGAAGGAACGCAAGACCUUCGAGAUGCUGGGCCUCAUGGCGGAGAAACUGAACUGGGGCCGGCUGAGGGCGGAAAAAUGGAAGCGAAGCGUGGGCAUGAUCCUUCAUCUCUGGGAAGGCUGGUGCGUGUUUCCGGCCGAGAGCCAGGAUCUCUUCACGAACAGCUUCAACAAUCCUCCUGCCACGAAGGCUCAGGAGGAGCAGGGUGACGACGAGCGUGCGAAAAAGGGUCGGUGGAAAGUUGUCGACGCACCCACGUCGACGGCGAGACCACGGUCCGUGGAACGGGCCACGGACGACGACGUUCAAGGAGAACCAAUGGACGAAGAUGAUGUCGAAGGGGAGCCUAUGGAUGAGGAUGACGUCGAGGGUGAGCCUAUGGAAGAGAGUGAUGUCGAAGGCGAACCUCUGGACGAGGACGACAUUCUGGGUGAGACGUUAGAGGAAGACGGUGAUCCGGAUAAGAGACCGCCAAGUCAGAACGGCGGCAAGGAGGAACCGGCACCCCCGCCCUCUGCUCCCGUCGGGGAUGGAGAUGCCAAUACGGAUAAGAACUCGAUUAAGUUUGCAGCUACGCAAAUUCCGCCCAAAUCUGCGGCACAGGCACGGAGACGUAUGAGGGCAGUGGACAUGUUCGCAGAACCCGAAGACACGGAUAAUGGGACAUGAUGGCGGGGCCCAGGACUACCUAGGUAGAGACUGAUGAAAUGAUACUGCAAAUACGGCGAGCAGAAACGUCUUGACAUCCGUCAAGCAUUGUCCGAACAACUCGGGUAGGAAGCAAAUUUCCAAACAUAACUCACUCUC